AUGAGCUCAGGGUUCUGCCAGGGGAGCGCCACAGCUCUGAAGAUGAAUGUGAACCUGCGGGAGCUGUACCUGGCCGAUAACAAGCUGAACGGGUUGCAGGACUCGGCUCAGCUCGGCAACCUGCUGAAAUUCAACUGCUACAUCCAGAUCCUCGACCUGAGGAACAACCACAUCCUGGACUCGGGCUUGGCGUACAUCUGCGAAGGGCUGAAGGAGCAGCGGAAGGGGCUGGUCACUCUGGUUUUGUGGAACAACCAGUUGACUCACACCGGCAUGGCCUAUCUGGGGAUGACGCUGCCUCACACACAGAGCCUGGAGACCUUGAACUUGGGCCACAACCCCAUUGGGAACGAGGGCGUCCGUAAUCUGAAGAACGGGCUGAUUGGGAACCGCUCCGUCCUGCGCCUGGGCUUGGCGUCCACCAAACUCACCUGCGAAGGUGCCGUGGCGGUGGCCGAGUUCAUCGCCGAGAGCCCGCGGCUGCUGCGCCUGGACCUGCGGGAGAACGAGAUCAAGACGGGCGGGCUGAUGGCGCUGUCGCUGGCGCUGAAGGUCAACCACUCGCUGCUGCGCCUCGACCUGGACCGCGAGCCCAAGAAGGAGGCGGUGAAAAGUUUUAUCGAGACGCAGAAGGCGCUGCUGGGCGAGAUCCAGAACGGCUGCAAGCGCAACUUCAUCCUGGCCAAGGAAAAGGAGGAAAAGGAGCAAAAACUGCAGCAGUCGGCGUCGAUGCCGGAAAUCACC